AUGCCUCCAAAAGUUGUGUGUGUUCUUGUUUGCUUGCUUAUAAGUGGCAUCUCUUUCUCCCUGCAACAAAGCGGACCAAAAGCUCCCUCUUCGUUUUCUGCUUUGUUGGACAGAAAAGAGCAAAUAGCCAGAAGUGUUUGCUCUAAUUUCACGAAAAACUUCGACAACCUUCCCUACGACAUCCCAAACAUUGCAGAUAGAUUGUCUUGCUAUUAUAUUGAUGGUUGCGACCGAAAUCUUGAAUUCAAGAUGCCGAAAUAUGGAUGUGCUUUUGGAUUCAAUUACGGAAAUCCUGAGAGCAGAUGUACAGGAUGCGGAGCAAGAUCAGUUUCUUUCGAAUACUCCGUAUCCCUUUUUCCUACUGGUACUGACGGCACCCAAAAAUACACACCAGGGACUGCCGUCUCAAUUCCACAGGUUCGCGAUUUCAGGUGUGCCAUUCAGGAUCUCAGACUGACCUAUCGAACUUCUGAUUCCUUUUCUUCGAAAUCUGGAACAUGUUUCAGAGGAUUCGAGUACAGGAAUAGAUCUUGGUUUGUUUCAGCUUCUUAUGUCUCAAAAAACUUGUUGAUCAUAGUCGAUUAUUCAUCAGUCGUUCUUUCAAGCAGAACAGGAGGAUAUUCCACAACUAUGUCAGCAAUACAAAGCCUUAUUGACAGCCUAAACGUGCGAGAUAAAGUUGCAUUAAUAAUGUUCAGCAAAAAGGCAAUUAUUUGCGACGUAAAUGCAAAGAACGGUUUUGUGAAAGCAGACUCUAGCAACAAGGCCUCCAUGCUGGCAUGUAUUAAUCAAUACUUUGUGGAGACCACUUCCACCAUCAGCACAGGGUCCUACCAUUCAGCUGCUUUGGAAUCAGCCUUCGGAUUUAUUAGGCAAUUUAACUCCUCCAUGGUUUCUUGUGACACAUCCAUUGCAUUUUUCGGGGAUGCAGACAACAUUAAUGACGAGUCCAAUCCUGUAAACACGAUGAUUUCACAAUUUGCUCUCACCAAAAACACAUUACCUCAAUCUCAGGUGGAUACCAUCCGAAUUUUUUCGUUUACUGUAGGGCUAACGGGUGGGCGACCAAAUCCUUUAAAGGCCUAUCCUUGCCUGACAGGAGGACUUUGGAUUCCACUAGAUCCCUCUGACGUUACUUCAGAACAGAAAAACGACAUUCGAGGCAUCAUUAGUCCUUUUUUUAGAUUUCAUUCCUACAGACGACUUUUUGAGAGUAAGAUAGUGUGGUCUGAAUUUUAUAUGGACUUGCUUGGUGUGGGGAAUAUGACAACAGCAGCCUUGCCUUGCUUUUCCAGCUCUGGAUCUUUUUUAGGAGUUGUUGGUGUUGACGUUCCUGCCACCUUGUUCAACUAUUCGACCUAUCCUGAUGCUGACGUUGAGUUCAAAAAAAGACAACAAGAUUCUGACGGUCCUGGUUAUUGUCCUUCAGUUUUGCUUCCUGACUCAUUUGUUGCAGACUUACGAGGAGGGCCUUGCAACUAUUGUAAUCAGCCUUGUGGAACUCUUGCUGUGAUGCUUGGGUUUAUACCUGCCAUGUUGGCCUCGUUUGUUGUUUUUGUUGUAAUUUCAUUUUACUUCUACAAACGCUCGUUGCGAAGUGCCGAGGGAAAAGAAGAAAAAGAGGAAAACAAUCGCCCACAAUCAAUUUCUGCCAAGAAGUAG